AUGUUGUUAUUGAUUGGAUCUAGUGAAGGAUUUUUUAAUGGUAAUAUAUCAACAGUAAGCAACAAAACAUUAAAUCGUCUUAAUUUAACAUGCUUUUAUAAUGAUAAUUUGGUAACUAACUGUGAAUAUUGUGUUUAUCAAUUUUUUUCUAAUGGUUCAUCAUCAAGAUCAUUAUAUGAUUAUACGACAGUAACAAAUAUAUAUAAAAGUAUUGCUAAAAGAUGUACAGGAUUUUCAAAUAUAACUGAUAUUGGUUUUGGAUUUUGUUCACCUUUACAAUUUGAAUUAUUUGAUAUAUCAAUACUUUGUAUUUGUGCUACAAAUAUGUGUAAUAUGGAUUUUCCUUCAUGUCAAUCAUCAGUAAAUAAUCAAUUGAAAACAAAUUCUACACCUCAAGUUCUUUCUUCAAUGAUUCCUGAACUGAAUAGAUCAAUAUCUUGUUAUGAUUCAUCAAAUUCAUUAAAUACAACUUCCUAUUGUUUUAAUUUUGCUUCUCCUUAUAUUGAUAUUGAAAAAUGUAAUGAAUAUACUAUUAACAAUACGUUACUAUGCAUGUAUCAAAUGUCCACCGAUGGUCCAUUUUUGUCUGCAUUGACCAGAGAUACUUACAAGUAUUAUCUAUCAGGAGCACUUUCUAGAGUAUAUCAAUUUAACCAAGAAUCAAGUAUAACAUUAUCCUACAAUGAAACAUCAUCUUCUUUCUAUAUCAAUUAUCUUUUUCUUUAUCGAGAUGGUAAUAAUACAAUAUCACUCAAUAUGGAGAGAUGUUUUUGUACUGAAAACUAUUGUAAUUACAAUUUAACAACUUGUCUUAGUGCGAAUAGAACAACAACAGCAACACCAAUAUGA